AUGUUCGCUUCAAUUUACGCUGUCUAUCAAUUUGUCAUGUUUCUUCACAUGCAUACCUACUCGCAUACUCACCUAGGGACUCUACCUACAACAUCACUUUUCCAUCCUUCGUCCUUUCUCAAGCACAACACCCCCAGCUGCAUCGCAUCUUUGAUUAUUUAUUGCUUUGCUUUCUGCAUCAUGGCUCCCCACACCCCAGCAUCCGACAAGUACUGGGCGAGAAUCGACGCCGGACUGAGCAACGACGACCUCUCCCUCCCAAAAGCCACUGUCCAAAAGAUUGUCUCAGAGAUUCUACCCCCCUCAGAAGGCGUAGCUUUUGCCAAGGAGGCCCGCGACCUUCUCAUCGAGUGCUGUGUCGAGUUCAUCACCCUGAUCUCGUCCGAGGCAAACGAAAUCUCAGAGAAGGAGGCCAAGAAGACCAUUGCCUGCGAUCACAUCACCAAGGCUCUCGAGCAACUAGGCUUCACCGACUACGUCCCUGCCGUCCUCGAGGCAGCAGCCGAGCACAAAGAAGUCCAAAAGGGCCGAGAGAAGAAGGCGGACAAGUUCGCCAGCAGUGGCAUGUCCAUGGAGGAGCUUGCCCGUCUACAGGAAGAGCAGUUCGCGGCGGCGAGAGAACGCCACGGCUAG